UCCAAGAUACAGGACGUGAAGUCUUUGCCUCUAAAAGUGAGCUGAACAGUAUGGAGGGAGUUCCACUGAAAAUGCCAGAAUAUUCGUCUCAAGAAGAACUCGUUGAAGAUGUGCAAGUUACUGUCCCAGAUUACCUCACAAUACUACAAGAAACAGAGUAUGACUUCAGUCUGGAGAAAUGGGUACUCACAGGCCUUCAGAACGGCUUCAUGAAGCUCCAUCAUCCCUCCGCCUCCUCCUCUUCUUCCUCCUCUCUGCAGCCCACCUGUCCACCAUACUGGAUGAUGUUCCGCAGCCCCCAGCAGAGUCGCCUCGCCAGCCGCCACAGCUCCGACUUCUGGGAGCCCAACCCUCGGCAGCGCUCCUACUCCCUCAACCCCUCUGUCCUGCGCGCCAAGUUCACCAUCUCCGACUCGGAAGACGAAUCAGAGAAUGUCGAAACUGUCAAUAUACCGUUGCCAGAGAAAAAAGACUUGAAUGUUGAUAUGCCUUGCACAAUCACUCAGCGUAACCAGAAGAAAGCCCAGAAGGCCUUUGUCCCAGACCUCCUCCACCCACCCACCUGUCUGAGCAGCUUACCACACCAGCGCCGCAAAAACCUCCGCCAGUGCUCGCUGUCUGUGCUGGAGACGACCAAGCAGAACGCGGUCAAUGAGCAGUCCACACCAAAGGGCUUCAGCAGGAGUGACUCAGUAGACAAGCUCUGCAGCCAGAAGCUAGGAAAGGAGUCAAUCAGUCCACAUUCCUGCCCGGAACCCAGUGUGGCCCCUCGCCCCCUGGGUCUCUCCUCCGCUGCCUGUGAUUCGUCCAUAGAGCUCCUUUCAGCCCUAAGCCUGGAGGAGAGAGAGCUGCUGGGGGUAAUCACAGCUCGGGGUUACCCUCUGAGAACCGCCUUCAUCGCCCUGCAGAAGACUGGACGGCAAGCCCCUGAGAAGAUCUUGAACUACUUAGUGGCUUGCGACCACCUCUGCCAGCUGGGAUAUGAUAUACUGCAGGUGGAGGAGGCGCUGGAGAUGUUUCAGAACUGUGAGACUAAGGCUGAGGAGUUCCUUCAUCUCCUGAGUCAGUUCAAUGAGAUGGGCUUCCAGCAGAAUGCCAUCAAAGAAGUGCUGCUUGUGCACGAAAACCACCGUGAAAGGGCCCUGGAGGAGCUCAUGAUGCGUGUGGCGUGACAGAGACGAGAAGAUCCCAACCCAAAGAACUGCACAUGCAAAUGAGAUGGUGGUGGCCUUUGCAAUGGAAAUAGUAUAUGGGAUGUAAAUCAUUUUGCACAUAGAUUUUUUAUUGUUUUGUUUAUCUUGUCUUUUGUUAUCCUUGAUCACAUUCAAAUUUAGUCACAUAUCAAGAAAUACAGUUAAAGUGCAUAUGACAGGUUUUCAUGUUUUUGUAAUUAUUAUGUGACGAUGUCAUACUCCCAGAUGGUGGCAAGAGCGACUUUUCCCU